AUGGCAACGCUGAGCGGCCGAGGCAUGAGGACGAGCUUGCAAGUGGCUCCGUUAACGAUACAGAAAUCAAGAGGGACAUCACGCAGCAGGGGCUCAGAUCAGGCCGACUCUUCUUCUAAUGGCUUUUCCGACACGCAAAUGACGCCGCCAGCCACACCCAAUGGCGCGCAAGAGGACCAUAAUGUUCACUCCGACAGCGAACCCGUCUUUCACAACUUUUUGAGGGCCUUCUACCCCUUUCAGCCGAGCCCUGUUAUGACAGACUCGACGGUAACGCUUCCAUUGAAUGAGGGUGAUGUUGUCCUGGUUCAUUCUAUCCAUACGAACGGCUGGGCCGAUGGCACUCUGUUGCUCACUGGCGCGAGAGGAUGGCUGCCUACCAACUACUGCGAUGCCUACAAUCCCGAAGAAAUGAGGAGCUUGCUUAAGGCGUUGCUUAACUUUUGGGACCUGAUGCGAAGCACCUCAGUCACCGACGAGACGUUUGGCAGCCAGGAGUUCAUGAAGGGUAUCAUUGCGGGCGUCCGCUAUCUACUUCGGACGGACUGUCUAACAAGAGAAUCACCCCUCGUUCAGCGACACGAUGGACUCCGAAGGAGCCGGAAAUCGCUGUUAUCAGAGUUGUCGUCUCUGGUCAAGACCGCAAAGAGACUGCAGGAUGCUCAGCGGAUUCCCGGCCAGGAGGACAUUAAUGACAUUGUGGAUGAGAUGAUUCUGAGAGCGUUCAAAAUCAUCGUUAAAGGAGUGAGAUUCCUGGAUAUCUUGGACGAGGAUCGGAAGUUGCGGGUACCCACAGUGACUAUAUUGACAACGCUGCUCGAGGAAGCCUAUGCUCCGCUAACGCCACCUGCCGAAUCGGCGGCCUUCGACUCGACUGAGGAACCGACUCCUGACGCAGGCUCCCGAUCGGGCGAAAACAACGACGCAACCGACACGGCGCCACUUGCGGCGAGUGAGGUUGCACAAGACACCACAGCCGCGAACGACCGUUUGUCUUCAAUUCACCUGCAGACCAUAGAUGUCCGCCGAUUGUCCCAGUGCAGUCAGGUGCAAACAAACCGAUUGUCCUCAACCGUUUCCCACCGAGUCAGCUUGGCGGGGUUUUCAUCCGUCUUGCGUCCACAAAACUUGGUCUCUGAGCGUCUCAACACAUGCCAUGACAUUUUCCUCUCACACCUAGGCUCCUUUAUCGGUCGGCUGCAGCUUCAGUCUCAGUCACGUCCUAGCCUCGCUCUGGCAAUUAAGCAGUCUGCUACCUCGGGCGGUGAACUACUGUUUGUGGUUGAUAUUGUCUGCGCUCAAUCCUCAAUGAGCAUGGAUGCUCUGGAGCAGUCUCGAAUCACCAUGUACGAUCGCAUCAUGGGUCUUGUCCACACAGCACGCGAUAUUCUCACAAAUCCCGGGCCGGAAGUGGAAGAGGACGUAAUCGUGCCACAGGACAACGGACGCUUGUUGGGGGCGGCGACUGGAUGCGUCAAGGCUACUGGGGAGUGCGUAGCAAAGGCAAGAUGGGUGAUCGAACGCAUUGGCGAUUUCGAGUUCGAAUUCGACGGCGGCAACCUAGGUAUCAACUUCGAUCUCUCCGCAUUGGACUGCUUUUCCGAAGAGAAGGACAGGUUUAAUGGCUCCGAGUUGGAAAGCAUAGCCGAGUCGACCGCGUCCGAAGCGCUCAGCGUUUCGACAGUAACCUCCACGGCCGCGCCCGCAAUCACAUCCGAGCCGACUCUCUCGAUUGACAAGCCGCUUCCCGAAGUUCCUCAAGUUGCCUCGCCUGUUACAGAGCAGCCAGCGCCAUAUCCCAACAGACCAACAGCACAACAAUCCUCGCACGUCACAACUGCUUUCAGUGUGGUUUCAACAGCCUCUUCAGUUCGCGGGGACUUGACGCAGCUUCCGAAGAUCUCUACGUCGCCACCAUCAACCGAUAAUUACAGUCCGACACAGCAUUCCGCUACGCAAGACUCGGAAUUCCAUUCAUUCCGGACUGAGAGCAUCACUACCUUGAGCUCCGGCUCCGGCAGGACUUAUCUCAGCCGAGACUCCGAAUCGAGUAUCGUCUCCCAGAGCUCGACUCGCGCAACGACUCCCGAUAUAACGCAAGGCCCGAGAAAUCAGCCCUCGAUAUCAAAUCUGAGCGUGGCUGAGAGUUCGGCGCAGACCGAGGAAGUAGACGAUGUCGAGUCGAAACUACUCGAGAGGACAUACGCCCAUGAAUUGAUGUUCAAUAAGGAGGGGCAAGUGACUGGUGGUUCAUUAGCCGCCCUAGUAGAACGUCUCACAACCCACGAAUCGACCCCUGACGCUAUGUUUGUAUCGACCUUUUAUCUCACCUUCCGGCUCUUCUGCACCCCUGUCAACCUUGCGGAGGCUCUCAUCGACCGCUUCGACUACGCUGGGGAAGCCCCACAUGUUGCGGUACCUGUGCGGCUCAGGACGUACAAUGUCUUCAAGGGUUGGUUGGAAUCCCAUUGGCGCGACGAGACGGACCGCGACGCACUUCCCAUGAUCAAGGAGUUUGCCGAGGUAAAGCUUACCGCUGCGCUUCCCCAAGCCGGCAAGCGGCUGUUUGAGCUAGCCGAGAAGGUAUCGCUAAGCGGCGGUACCCUGGUGCCGCGGCUCGUCUCAUCUAUGGGAAAGGCGAGCACCUCUACCGCUCACUACCUCCCCGCCGACACGCCACUUCCAUCCCCCGUCAUAACAAGAAGCCAGCUCAACAUGUUAGCAAACUGGAAAGCAGGGUCCAGCUCCCCGUCCAUCCUGGACUUUGAUCCUCUCGAACUGGCCCGGCAGCUGACGAUCAAGCAAAUGGGGCUCUUUUGCUCAAUCACGCCUGAAGAACUACUCGGCUCAAAGUGGACUAAACUCGGAGGCAUCGGUGCACCCAAUGUCAAGGCGAUGUCAUCAUUCACCACCAGCCUGUCGAACCUCGUCGCCGACAGCAUCUUGUACUAUGAGGAGGUCAAGAAACGAGCUCUGGCCAUCAAGCACUGGAUCAAAAUCGCAAACCAGUGCUCACUACUCCAUAACUACGAUGCUCUCAUGGCUAUCACCUGUGCCCUCACUGACACGAGCAUCAAACGCCUAAAAAUAACGUGGGAUAGCGUCAGCGUGAAGCGGAAAGAGAUGCUCAAGUCGCUGCAAGCCAGUGUGGAUAUCAACCAGAAUUACAAAGUUCUUCGCGCCCAGCUCCACGACCAGGUACCGCCCUGCUUACCCUUUCUCGGCAUGUUUCUUACCGACCUCACAUUCGUGGACGUGGGCAAUCCGGCUACCAAAACCAGCGACACGGGCCUGACUGUCAUCAAUUUUGACAAGCAUACUCGCACGGCCAAGAUCAUUAGUGAGCUCCAACGGUUCCAGAUCCCUUACCGUCUGACAGAAUUGCCCCACCUUCAAGAGUGGCUCAAUUCCGAGAUUGAACGUGUCAGGGAAAAGGACAAAGCAGGCUCUAAUGCGCAGGCGACUCACUACCGCAAGAGUCUGCUGCUCGAGCCCCGAGAGGCUCAACAAUUGCGCUCCGUCGUUGAUACGUCCCCCACCACCGCCCCCGCAGCUACGGGCGGCGGCAUGUUUGGGUGGAUAAGAAGCAACAACACAAGCCACAACCUGUCCCCCCAGAUCUGA